AUGGUAGUACAGCUACAUUCCUUCACCAUUGUCUUUGUAGUCAGCCUCAGCUUCUUGCUGUUUGCAUCAAAGACAUGUAUGCGAUGUGAUGAUGUCUUUAUGGGAGAACAAAACAGAGAAUUUGGGGUACUGCAGAAUGGUGAUCCUGCACUCCUGAGUAUUGUUUUAGAAGGUAAAUCUAUUUACGAGGGAGAUCAAUGUCAAAAUGGCUGUCCUGAGAACCACAAUAAUAAUAACAACCAUAAAGGGGAUAGAAACGUGGCUAGCACUGCUGCAUCAACUACUUCUGCCAGUGAGAGAUCGAAAAGUGAUAAUAGCGUUAAUAACAAAAAACAAAACAAGUCUAAUGGAGUGUUAGCAGUGACUGUGAUUGGAUCACCAUCUCUUCCUAAUGGUACUCUUACAAAUGCAUUUAAGGAACGACUUUUACACGGUCUUCGCACAGCUCUUUUGACUGGAUCCCCGUGGUUAGUCAUUCCAUGCAAAGAUGAGGAACGUAACCACGUUGAGGAGUUCUUUACACAACUACUAAACCCCAGUGAAGUACUCUUCCCAGAAUAUUUACUCUCUCUAUUACCACCGGCAGUGCAACCGCUUGCACGGCAAUUACGAGAUUCGAUGGCGUUUGAGAUGUCACUGUUGCAAUGGCUGCGGCGCGGUCGUGUGGUACGACGUCUUGAAUACUCCAUCAACGGUGAUGAAACAGUAAUGAAGAGAGAAAAAAAACAUGAAGAAGAAGAAAAUACCAUGAUUAUGUCAAUGAAACAGAGGGAAACUCUUGGAAAUAAAGUGAUAGAAGAUACAGCAUCUCCACGUAUGAUGCGUUAUGGAGCCUCCACAUGGAUAAUUCCUGCCAUUGUAUGGGACGACAAUAACAAUAAUAACAACGAAAAUGAAGAGAUGGAAACUAAUGCUGAAGUAGAGCGGGCUGCGGAAUUAUUGCAGCAACGCAUUCUGCACGCACGGGCCUAUGAUGAAAGAGUGCAGGAAGGACUGCAGUCGACGGAGAAUCUGCAUUGGUUGAAGAAGGAGUGUUUUGAUAUCGUUGUGGUAAGUGGUAUGUACAACGAAGUCUACGCGAAGGCUCUCUUUGCGAAGGCGUUACGUCGUUUGUGGACACUGCCGUAUGCACCGAAUAUAUCACGAUCACCGCAUAGUUAUCACUAUCACCAGAAACAAUAUAGACAACAUGAACCAUUAGCGUUUCUAGCAGAAUGUGUACGUGUGCGUGUGACAUCAGCGGAUGAUCCCAUGCCUGAUUGGAUAAUCCCUACGCCGCUACUAGUGAGUGGACCAUCACCAUCAAGCUUUGGUGCUUACGCUGGUUCACUGGCACGUUUUUUUGGAACCUACAGCCACGCCAUUUACGUAAACUACAAACGUUGGUACAAUUGUCUUCAUGCAAGUUUGGUUUCAUAUGGGGUACUAAGCUUUCUUAAUGAAGUAUGCAUUCUUACCGGUGCAGUUCUCAGUGGGACACUUUCACUUCAGGAGAUUACACGUGCUGCUUUUAUCAGAGGUUAA